UUCUGCCCUCUCUCUUUCCCUUCCUCUCUCUAGGUCAUGGUAUACUCAAAAUAUAUGUUAUUUUAAUCAUCUAUAGUAUAAAACUAUCAUCUAAAGAGUAAGUAAAUAUCUUUUAUCUCUCUCUAAGUCCCUGAUAUUCAGAAUAUGUGUUAUUUCAAUUAUACAUGGAUCCCAUAAAUUGUCACCUAAAGAAUCAGUAAAUCUCUGUUUUAGUGUAUUCAAGAGUGUAAAAUAUUGAAUAACCUAAAUAAAGAGUGUAAAAUCUCAAUGUCUUUUUUCCUGUGUGAAAUCCUUGUAUAAAAACAGAAAAUUCUAUGUUCAUUAUCAAGAAACAGGAAAGCUCGUGCGAAAAGAGUAUAAUCUUUGUGAAAACAGUAAACUAAUCUAAUUUUAUAAAGAAUAAAUGAAUCUUUGGUUUUUUAAAAACCACACUGUAAAAUCUGUGUCUCUAUCACUGGUUGAAAUUGAUGUGAAACUAGUAAUAUCCGUUGUUGAUCAAAUUCAUUCAUAAAAUAGUAAAUAUCUGUUAUAUAUGUCAAUUUUGUUAUUUUUUUUUUUCAUAUUUGUACACAAAACUGAGGAAAAAGAACUAAAGAAAGACUAAGUAAAGCACCAAAGGCAUAGUCCCUUUUUCUCCACAAGUGCUGAAUUAUUGCUUGCUUUUUUCUUUCUCCUUGCAUUUUUAUUUUAUUUUAUUGCGUGAUACGUCCAAGUUAUCAGUGGGCACCAUCUUCUAGCAAGAGAUUUUACAUAACAUCCGAGGAGAACUCACUCCAUGUAUUAUGAUGAAUUACAUAGUUUUAUUUCUAAGUAGGAGUUUAGUCAUGAUUUUGUGGAGUGGUUUGUUUGUGAUUAUUAACAUCAUUGAUCAUGGAAAUUUAGAAUCUAGAGAGAUUUGCUUCAAGUUAAAUGCUCAUGGAUGAGCAUCACUCUGAAGUGCAAGAGUUACCUAGAUGUUUGGCUUUUGUGCUCAUUUUAUUUGGGUUUGUGUUUUCUUAUUCAUUUCAGAGAUGUGGUUGAAUGGUUAGUAUCUGUUCCCAUCUGUGGUUAUUCAAUGUUGGGUUAGAAAAAAUCUUUUGGCAAGCAAUUAAAAUAGUAGAGGACUAGCAUAAUGUUCUUGAAUGUUAGAAAUUCCGCUUAAGCUUAGAAGGGAAACAUUAUCACAGAAGUUUGAUUAAGUCAUAGUAUGAAGUUGGUGCAACAGUUUUACCAUAUUCUCCAUCGAUCUAUUAUUGUUUCAUUUUCUCUGAUGCACUUGAGGUUAGCAUUUUCAGUUUGGUAGCCAUUCUGUUUCUUUCCACUUUGUGGUUCACAUGGAAAGUUUCAACAUACAAGUGAGAAAGGAGAAGAGUGAGAAGAAAAGAAAUGGAAAUCUUCUUCUAUCCUAUUUUAUUUUACGAGUUCUCUUUUUGGAACAGUUCUGCUUGUGUGGGAAAUUUUAUUCUAGAAAAUGGUGGAGCUACUCUUUGAGGACAUCUUUACUUUGACAAAGUUGAACCCAGAUGGAAAGAAGUUCGAUAAAGUUUCCCGAAUUGAAGCACGCAGCGAGCAGUUUGAUAUGUUCAUGCAGUUAGAUGUUAAUACAGAGGUAUAUCCUCUUAAUGUGGGUGACAAAUUUACAAUGGUGCUGGCUCCAACUCUGAGCUUGGAUGGGACACCUGAUACUGGUUACUUUACUCAGGGAGGGCGUAAAUCACUUGCAGACAAAUUUGAGUAUGUUAUGCAUGGAAAGCUGUAUAAGAUCUCCGAAGAUUCUGGAACCAACGUCAAAGUAGAGAUCUAUGCAUCAUUUGGUGGGCUUCUAAUGUUAUUGAGGGGUGAUCCUUCUAAUGCGGUUAAUUUUGAGCUGGAUCAGAGAUUGUUUCUUCUGAUGAGGAAAGUCUGAGUGGCAUAUUGUGUUAAUAUUACAAGCCUUUUGAUGAUCUUUUAAGAUCUGAUGGGAAUUACUUAAUCUUCGUGGGAAGAUCUUACUGUAUACUAAAGGCAUUAGUAGCCUUAUGAACUUCUACUAUAAGAUAGGAAAUACUUGAUUUUAUUUGUACCCCAACUUCGUAUCUGUGUUUGGGCGCAUGCAUGCGCAAUUGUGGAUGGGUGGUGCAUGGUUAUAUAUAGUACCAUGUUGCCGCCCUUUAAAUACAUACUCGAGAAAGAGAAAGUAAUGAAAGGAAAUCGGGAAAUUUGACUACUAUUUAGAUUUUACUUUUAAUUAUAUAAACUGUAACGAGCAUUUAACAAA